AUGGUUGUGGAAGCGAUUAGUAGCGAGAACAUCGCGCCCGAUUGUCGCCGCAAUCUCAUGCCGCGUCUCAUCGCCGCCGCCAAAUCGUCGGACGCCUCACUGCCGAGCCCGCGGCCAUUGAUGGCGGUGAGCCCGUUCUACGCGACGCCAACCGCCCAAUGUCCGCCACCGCCACCACCGCGUCCCAGCAGUCUCGCCGAUUUGCCGAUGCUCACCGACGAUGUCGAGGUAUCGCGAACGCCGCUGAAGACGUCGCUUCGACGAUUGCCGCCGAAAUCGGCGUUCGUCAUCAAGCCCACACUGUUCGCCAAACACAAAUCGGUGGCGUUGGCGCGUUUCCGACGCUCGAAAACCCGACGAUUCUUCCAUCCGUACGCCAAGGAAAUCGGCGCGAUUCAAGCGUUGAAAGAAGUGGCCUCAUCGCCGGACGAGGUCGCCGCCAAAUUCGCCUCCGAAGCGUUGACGGUCAUCGGCGAAGAGGUGCCGUACAAAUUGGCGCAACAGGUUCCCAAUUGGACGACGACCGACGUUCAGUAUUGGGUGAGGAAGAUCGGAUUUGAGGAGUACGUCGAGAAGUUUGCGAAGCAUAUGGUCGAUGGCGAUCUGCUCCUUCAUCUCACCGAGCACGACCUUCUCAAUGACAUUGGAAUGUCGUCGGGAUUGCAUCGAAAGCGUUUCAUGCGCGAGCUUGAGAGUCUCAAGAUCGCCGCUGAUUACUCGUCUGUCGAUGAGUCGAACCUCGACAAAUUCCUGAUGAGCCUCAGUCCAGAGCUCUCAGCGUACACCUAUCAGAUGCUGACGAAUGGUGUGAAUCGAUCGCUGCUAACGUCGCUCACCGAUGAGCUGAUGCAGAACGCGUGCGGCAUCACCAAUCCGAUCCAUCGCCUCAAAUUGACGCAGGCUUUCGAGAACGCCAAACAUCCGGAUGACGUCGAGGUGGCGAUGCUCAGCAAACAGAUCGACGUGUUCAUCUCGUACCGCCGAUCGACUGGAAACCAGCUCGCCAGUCUGAUCAAGGUCCUCCUUCAACUCCGCGGCUACAAGGUGUUCAUCGACGUCGACAAGCUGUACGCGGGCAAGUUCGACAGCAGCCUUCUGAAGAACAUCCAAGCGGCGAAGCAUUUCAUUCUCGUGCUGACGCCCAACUCGUUGGAUCGCCUCCUCAACGAUGACAACUGCGAGGAUUGGGUUCACAAGGAGCUCAAGUGCGCCUUCGAAUACCAGAAGAACAUCAUUCCGAUUUUCGACACCGCCUUCGAGUUCCCCACGAAGGAGGCCGCCAUUCCGGCCGACAUUCGCAACAUCACCAAAUACAAUGGUGUGAAAUGGGUGCACGAUUAUCAGGACGCGUGUAUGGCGAAGGUGGUGCGAUUCAUCGAGGGCGAACUCAAUCGCAACACGCCGACGUCGAAAGAAUUUCAUAUCAAUAACAUGGUGAGGAAGAGCCAACGAACCUGGACGACGAACGGAAUUCGUCCGGCGACGUCGUCGUCGUCAACGACGGCGAAGACGAGCGCCCGAAUCGAGACGCCGACGCCAAGUUUUGUCAAUUCAAUGACGGAUCGCAAUUCGGUGCGUCGCAAAAUUCAGCCGUCGAAUUCGACCGUCUCGGAUCGAACCUCAUGA